CGCAUCACAACCAAUGGGGUAGUUCACAGCGGAGCGGAACGUGCCCGGGAUGACGUGGUUGCUGGCGUAGGGCUGCGUUUUGACGGCUCCUACUAAAUGAGUGCGGCGUGAAUGGACGAGCGAGACACGCUGCCGGUCAGACAGUGAGCGCCGCUGACCUCCGCGCGCGUCCGGAGCCCGUCGGGAUUUAUUAGCAGCGUUUCACGGCUGAGGUCCAACCUGCCCGUUUGCCCCGCUUUGGAUACGCGUCACCCCACGUUUCUCUCUCCAGUCUUAGGACACGAGCGGACACAGCAUGCUCUCGUCCCUGAAGACCCUGCUGCUGCUCUCGGUCCUGUGCACGCCGACCUCCAGUCUGUGCCUGCGCCUCUACGGCUCCGACCUCCUGUGCGACGACCAGAUGUCAGUGGGGGUGCGUAGAGUCGAGGACGAGCUGGGCUACUCCCCCGUGGACGGGCUGGGCUCCCUCCUGCAGUCCGCGGAGUAUCUCACCUCCUCCUCCUCCUCCUCCGCCUCUGCCGAGUCCAGCCGAGAGAAAAGGACUUCAAGUCCCGCAAACUACCGCUUCAUGAGCCGGACCAAGCUCAGAGGGCAGAUGCUCCGCAACAGCGGCAAAGGGGACCGCAGGAGCAGGCUGACCCUGUCCCUGGACGUCCCGACCAACAUCAUGAACGUCCUCUUUGACGUGGCCAAGGCCAAGAACCUGCGAGCCAAGGCGGCAGAGAACGCGCGUCUCCUGGCGCAGAUUGGACGGAGAAAAUGAACUCGCUGGACAAAUUCACCACGAGAGCGGUGUCACGAAUCAUUCCAUAUUCACGUUAAAGUAAUGGUGUUGAUUUGUUCCCGCAAGGGGACGGUGUUUUCUUUGAAAUACCUGCUCGCUCCAGUUACAGGUAGACGCAGAUUCCUGGUGCCGAUCAUUGUGAGUGAGUCGCUGUCGUGUUAAAGGUCGUCGGUUCUGUCACACCACUGGAAACCGUCCCUGGCUCUAACAGAUGACACGGUUAUCACCGAAGGUUGGACGAGAACGUAUGAGGUUCUGAUUCUAGUGGUGUCUAGCGCUUCACUUCAUUUAAAUUACGCACCAACCUGAAUUUAUGUUUAGAGAAUAGCAACAGUGUCACAGUGUUGAAUCCUAACAUGGUCCAGGGCCUUAAAGUCGUUGAGCAGUGAAAUUUGGAUUUGCAAUUAUCUCAGAUUCCUUUAAAAUCUUUAAAUGAUUUAUUCAGCAGAUCAAGUUGCCUCAUAACAGUAAAAAUAUAUAUUUUUCAAUCAAAUGCAUGUUUAAUGUGUUUAGUUUGCCCCAGAGUCCUCAACAUUUAUAUCUCGAGCUACAAGAACAAAACCACAUGAAAUAUUAAUUUUGUUGCAUACUGGCAUUAUUACAGUUUCACAGUAAGAAGGUUUUUUUUCUCCAUUGUCUUUGCUGCUUUAUUGAUUUGUUUAUCUAAAAUGCUUUUAUUGUUUAGACGAUCACUUGGGAGCCUUUAGCAAUUCCAGAUUGAAGUGCGACACACUGACAGAGGCAAAGACACAGCACUGCACAUGUACACUGAUAUAAUAUUUAAAGCAAGUGCAGCAUCAAGAAACACAGUAAAAUGCAAAUGCAUGAGAAUGUAUGUGUUCACCAGAUGUGAUGUUAUUUUUAUACGCAAAAUAAAGGAUUAUUUUUCCUCAAAUAAAGCAGAUGUACCUACCUA